CCGUGUUGUCUGCCAACAGGAAGGCAUCUGGAAAUGCCAUAAAAAAAAUGGAACAAUUUUUCCUCGAGCAGGCUGAGGUCAAGUGCCUGCAGGUGACACCCGGCGAGAUGCAGCAACAGCUGAAGGAGAAACACCAAGAGUUGUUGCAGGGCUGCCGGGAGGAGCUGCUGGGUGACGACUUCCAGAAAAAAGUGGCCCUGGAGGAGCUGGAGCAGGAGUCUGCUAAGAUGCAGGAGGCUUCCCUGCUGCUCUAUAGGAACAAGUAUAAGGAGGCCGUGUUGUCUGCCAACAGGAAGGCAGCUGGAAACACCAUGAAGGAACUGGAAAAGUUUGUCCUCGGGCAGGCUGAGGUCGAGUGCCUGCAGGUGACACCCGGCGAGAUGCAGCAGCAACUGAAGAAGAAACACCAGGAGCUGUUGCAGGGCUGCCGGAAGGAGCUGCUGGGUGAUGACUCCCAAAAACAGGCCAUCCUGGAGGAGCUGGAGCAGGAGUCUGCAAGGAAGCAAGAGGCUUCCCUGGUGCUCUAUAGGGAAAAGUAUAAGGAUGCUGUCUUCUCUGCCAACAGGGUGUUGACUAAAGGGGCCAAGAAAGAAUUUGCUGAAUUUCUUAAUGCACAGGACCAUGACACACAGACUGAGGAGCAGUGCCUCCAGGUGGAGCCCAAUGAGCUGCAGCACCGCCUGGAGAGAAAAUACCAUGACUUGCUGCAGCACUGCCAGGGCAAGAUGAUGGGAGAGGAGCCCCAGAAAGAGGACACCCUGGGGAAGCUAGAGCAGGAGCUGAGAGAGAGCAGUGAGGAAUUCUUGCACACCUACAGACAACGAUUCAGGCAGAUGGAGAACUCUACCAACCUGAAAGCAAAGGGAAGAAUCAAGCAGCAGUUUGAAGAAUUUAUUCAGGAGCAGGACCAUGACACCCAGACUGAAGAACGGUGCCUGCAGCUGAAGCCGAGUGGGAUGUGGAAGCAGCUGGAGGAAAAAUACCAGGACUUGCUGCAGCGCUUGAAGGGGAGACUGAUGGGAGAAGAGCCCCAGAAAGAGGAUAUCCUGAGGGAACUGGAGGAGGAGCUGAGAGAGAGGAUGAAUGAAUUCCUGCUCAUUUACAACCAGCGAUUCAGACAGAUUGAAGCAAAGGAAAGAAUCAAGAAGCAAUUUGAAGAAUUUAUUGGGGAGCAGAAGCAAGACUCUGAAUCCAUGUUCAAGUGCCUGAAGAUGAAUCCCACCAAGAUGUGGCAGCACCUGGAGAAGAAACGCGAUUCAUUGCUGCAGAGCUGCUCAAGGGAGCUGUCGGACGAAAAGUCCCAGGUUUCAGCCGCAAGAGAGAUGCUGGAAACGGAUUUGAAAAAUAUGAUGGAGGAUUUCUUCUUACUCUAUGAGGAGCACUACAAAAAGAAGUUCUUCAUGAUGUGUGUGAGCAUAGGUGCAAUUGCCUCCCUCCCAAUUGGUGCAGGCAUUGGUGCAGGUGUGGCUGCAGCUGUGGCUGGAGCACACGCCAUAGGCAUUGGGGUACCAGUAGGAGCUGGAGGCCUCUCCAUCAUUGGUGGUGUCAUAGGAUCUAUUAUAGGAUCCCGGCAUCCAAAAAACCCUAACAGGAAAUCCACAAGUUCUGAACACCAGGGCAGGAGGGACACUGAUGGGACCCCUUCAGAUGAGAUUCCUCUCCUUUCCAGAGAGGAAUAAUGGGGUAAACGCCCCCCACGGAUGAACUCCAGGAAGGAGCCUUUUGUAGCCCUGACCACUGGGACUUAUUAUAUACGAAGGGAGAGAUGCAGAGAGCGAUCUGAGGGGGAGGGAUGGAGGACAUUAAUUCUUGAGACAUCUGCUUGGGGGGGGAAACACAGCAGUGCACACACAGCCCAGGCAAUUCCUGGAGUGUGCUGGGGAAAACUUGUUCAUUCAGAUAGUAGAGAGUCCAGCGAGGCGGGGAGCUCUUCUUGACCCACCACGGACAAACAGGGAGGAAUUGGUUAAGGAAGUGCAGGUGGAAGGUAAUGUGGGUGACAGUGCCCACAGUAUGAUUGCGUUCAAGAUCCUAAAGGGAAGCGAGUUAUCUCAAUGAGAUAGAAGAAUAGGAAGUGCAACAGGGGACCACCCUGACCAGGCAGUGAUCACUUCAGUGAGCUGAAACUGAAAAAUAAACCCAGAAAAAAGUGGAAAUUUGAUCACAGAACUAGGGAUAAGUAUAAAAGUAUGUGCAGGGAGAACAUUAGCAAGUCCAAGGCAUGAUUUAAAAUGCAGCUGACAAGGGACAUUAGUAGGGAACUCCCUAACUCAGGGUGGCUGCCUCCCAAUUUUGCAGUCCCGGCACAGCUUUGGGCACCCACCCCUCCCCUCCCCUCCACCCCCCAAUUGGCCAAACGGUACUGGAACUCCUGCCCCUCCCUGAAGAUUGACAAGUGACCCCAAACCAGGGCUUGCUUAUUAAUGCUAAUGUAAUUAAUGGCUUCCCCUUGGUUUGAUCAGGGGAUUAAGCCCACAGAAGCCAUUAAUUGCCACGUUAAGCCGUCUAGGAUGCAGUGAAUAGGUUCCCUGGGCUUGAUCAGGGGAUCGAGCUUGGGAAAUCCAUUAACUGGAUCCAAGACUGCUUUCUAAUGUGGCAAUUAAUGGCUUCCCAAGGCUUGAUCCAGGGUAUUGCCAUGUUAUCAAGCAGUCUUGGGCAUGAUUAAUGGCUUUCCUGGGCUUGAGCCCCUGAACAAGCCCAGGAAAGCCAUUAACCAUGUCCUAGACUGCUUAAAAAUAAUACAGUAAUUAAUGGCUUCCCUGGGCGUGAUGAGGGGAUCAGUCCCAGGGAAACCAUCACCUGGGUCCUAGAUUGCUUGCUAAUGAAGCAAACCCCUAAUCAAGCCUAGGGAAGCCGUUAUCAGUUUAGCAAGAAAUCUAGGAUGCAAUUAAUGGCUUGCCUGCAUCUGAGACCGCUUAAUAAUAACAUGGCAGUUAUUGGCUUCCUGGGGCUUGAUGAGCAGAAGCCAUUACUUGUCACAUUAUUAUUAUUAUUAUUAAGCAGUAUAAACACCGAAUUAAUCUGUAAAGUGAAAUGCCUUACUAAUAUAAAACAAUGGACAACAUGAAUUUCAAGUAAUACUUUAUUAAAUAAUUCCAACUAUAUACACUUUAUUCAAUCACUUAAGCACUUAAUCAAACUCUAAAAUGAAAUAUCUUGUGAAAAUAAAGCUGUCCUGUGCACAACUUGAAUUGUAACUAAUACCAACUAUGUACACUUUAUUAAAGGAUAUUAUAGAAAGGA